CGGAGGUAAGCGGUCUGGUCCGCGCGGGAGCAGCAGAUGGAGCGUUAGCGAGCUGUCUGACGCGACUCGCGACUCUGAGAGGGCCCGCCGGACCCUGAGCUGCAGGCGCGGUCGUUUGGUGCGGGGGCUUAUUCAACACGGCGUGAAGGGGAGACUAGGCCGUCGGUUUUGCGCUGGACUACAUUUCCCAGCGUGCCCUCUGGCCCGAGUCGCUUCUCGCAGGAACUCGUAUAUCUUGUUACGCCUGGCGGGACCGUUAGGUCCGGGAGGUUAGAGGUGGUGGUACCACAAGGAAGCGGCCGCGGAGAUCGCGUCUCGACCCCGGGACACCCGAGAAGCCGGAGCUGAGGGGACGGAAGAGGGAUCUGAAAUUACUGUGUGAGAACAAGGUACUAUCUCUAAAGAGACAUUUCAGUCAGGUAAUAUUUAGCCAUAAAGACAUGCCAACUUUUAUUCAGCCCACAUUUAUAACUCCAUAUCAAAAAAAUGUUAAUGAAGAAAAAUCCACUGAGUCUAAGAUGUGCAAAAAGGCCUGUAGCCAGAACCCACAGUGUAUUCAACAUCAGAAAUAUGAUGUUGCUGAAAAACGCUAUGAAUGUAAGGAGUGUGGGAAAUUAUUCAGUCGUGGCUCACUUGUUACUCGCCAUCAGCGGAUUCACACUGGAGAAAAACCUUAUGAAUGUAACGAAUGUGGCAAGGCUUUUAGGUGUAGUUCAUAUUUUUCCCAACAUCUUAAGACUCACACUGGUGAGAAACCCUAUGAAUGUAAGGAAUGUGGAAAAGCCUUUAAUUAUUUUUCAAACCUUAAUGAUCAUCAGCGAAUUCACACAGGUGAAAAGCCUUAUGAAUGUAAAGUGUGUGGGAAAGCUUUUAUUAGGAGCUCACAACUUUUGCCACAUCUAAGAAUUCAUACCGGUGAGAAACCUUAUGAGUGCAAGGAGUGUGGAAAAGCAUUUGCUCAACGCUCAAGUCUUAUUAAGCAUCAGAGAAUACAUACAGGUGAGAAACCUUAUGAAUGUAAGGAAUGUGGGAAGGCCUUCAGUAGUGCCUCCGCACUUACUAACCAUCACAGAAUUCAUGCUGGCAAGAGACUUUAUGGAUGUGAAGAAUGUGGAAAGGCCUUUAUUCAGACCUCAGAACUUAUUCAGCAUCAAAGAAUCCAUACAGAUGAGAAGCCUUAUGAAUGUAAUGAAUGUGGCAAGACCUUUAAUAAAGGCUCAAAUCUAACCAGACAUCAAAGAAUUCACACAGGUGAGAAACCCUAUGAAUGUAAGGCAUGUGGAAAGGCCUUUGGUAGUCGCUCUGACCUCACUCGCCAUGAAGGAAUUCAUGCUGGAUGAAUGAUGAACCUAUUUGCUAGUCUUUAUAAUAUUGAUUGAACCUGGUAUUGUGAAAAACAAAAAAUAUAAUGCAGAAGUGAAGUUCCUCUGUACGGUGUGUCUUAGGGUUAUUAUAGCAAAAUAAUAAUAAAAAUACCACAAAACUCACUUAAAACCAUAGAUUGAUUCUUAGUUUUGAAGUUCAAGGUCACAGUUGUUGAAUCAGUUCCUUCUGUGAGAAUUUGUUCUAUUUCCUUCUCACUUAUGAUAAUAGCUAGUAACUUCUGAUGUUCCUUGUCUUCCUUGUCUUGUUACUAUAUCAGUCCAGUCUCUGCCACCUUCACAAUGCACUUACUGUAUCUCUGGUUUGUUUUGACUUACAUAGAUAUCUGUCACUGCAUUAGAGUUUACACUAAUGACCUCAUUUAAAAUUGAGCAAAUCUUUAGGUGUAACGGUGGGUUUGGUGUUUGAAUAUUAAAUGUAAUCAAAUAUUGUGAACUGCUUUAUAAAAUAAAAAAUUUUUUAAAAAAUCUUCAAAGAUCUUAUUCCAUAUAAGAGCACAUUCACAGAUACAAGAGACCGGUGCUUCAUCAUAAUUCAACUUGUAGCACAUUAACACUAUUUUCUGGUAUAUCUGUUAUAUAGCAGUGUCGCACUGUAGCACUGUCCUCCUGUUGUUCAUCGAUUUACUCCAUAGGGCACCAGUAACAUCUCCAUUGUGAGACUUGUUACUGUUUUUGGCAUAUCCAGUACGCCAUGGGUAGCUUGCCAGGCUUUGCUGUGUGGGCGAGAUACUCUCGGUAGCUUGCCAGGCUCUCCGAGAGGGAUGAAGGAAUCGAACACGGGUCGGUCGCGUGAACGGCGAACGCCCUACCUCUGUGCUAUCGCUCCAGCCCAUCUGUUUUAUAUAUAACUUCUUAAAUAAACGUAUUUUAAACAGAAAUAUCAGGCCAGAUAUACAAGGGAUAAGCCUUACUUGUGGCCAACCUGGUUCUGUAUACCUGGUGUUGCAUAUCUACCCUGAUCUACCUGACCCUGCAUAUCUAUCCUGAAGACUGUCAGGUGUGAUUCCUCAAAAACACAAAAUGGAAAUUCAGGUUUACUUAAAUUUGUUGAGGAUGAGCUCCCCUCCCCCCCAAGAAAGUUUCUCUCAAAACAUUCAGCAAUUGCUUCUUUCCCUUUUUGGGGUAAGGAGGUCAGAGCUACAGUUGGAGAUACUCAGAGGCUACUCCUGGUCUAAGCUCAGGGGUCAGUCCUGGCAGUACAUUGGGUACCAUAUGUGAUGUCAGGAAUUGAACCAGGAUUGGCUGCAUGCAAGGUAAGCACCUUAAUCCUUACACAGUUGCUUCUUUCUUGAUUUCUGUUCCUUCUUGGAUAUAUAUAUAUAUGUGUGUGUGUAUCAAAUAUGUAUUAGUUUAUAUAUAUACUAAUAUAUACACACACAUAUGUGUGUAUAUAUUUUGAAUUGUCUUUUUCUGUUACUGUGACCUGAUAUUUUUGCCUCUGUCAAUACUAGAAAUUGUGAUAUAUGUUAUAAUUCCUUGUAGAAUUGUAACUGUUCAUGAUGAAGGUCCCUUUUUUGUAGUAAAACUAUUUUGUUACUUAAAAAAUAAUGCAUGGGCCAGAAAGAUAGUACGGCAGGUAAGGUUCUUCCCUUGCACACUGCCUACUUGGGUUUGAUCCCUAGCACCAUAUGGCCCCUGGAGCACUGCCAGGAGUAAUUCCUGAGCAGAGCCAGGUGUAGCCCCCAAGCCGAAAAUAAAAGAUUGUAAGGUUUUCAGACACACUGCUUUCAGUAUCUGGUAUCUAAUUAUUACUAGUCUUCAGGAAUUUAUUUUCUGUAAUCAUAUUUUUGCCUAAAACAACGAGCCUUAUGCUGCUGAUUUAGUAAAUAGCAUAGAUGUUUAUUCUUUUGUAUAUGUGUUGUUUAUUUGUUUUUAUCCUAUACUUAGUGGUGCUCAGGGAACCGUAAGGGGAACCAGGAUUAAACCCUGGUCUGCCAUGGGCAAGGUAAACAAACGCCUUGCCUGCUGUCUAUCACUCCAGCCCCUGGAUGUUUAUUUUUUUAAUGAUGUAAAAUAAACUCUGCUUGGGCUGAAAGAGUACAGCAGGUAAGAUGCUUGCCUUGCAUGGCUCACCUGGGUUUGAUCCCCUGUAUUCCACAUGGAACCCUAGCUUUACUGGGUGUGUGGUCCAAAAACCAAAAACUGCAGUGGUUGACUCAUUUGACAAGCAUGGUGCCUGCUAAAAUUUCAUUGUUAUAAAAGUUAUGUUCUAAGGGCUAGGAUAAUAGCUCAGAGUUGGAGCCCCGGCUUUGCAUGCUGAAGGCUAGAUCUCAAUCCCUAUCACUGCAUGGUUCCUUGAGUAUUGCUGGGAGUGACAUCCCAGCACUGCAUAGGGAAUAACAGAAGCAUCCCAGAAAGUGGCUUAAAAAAAAGAUCUACGGCAAUCUUAGUGAUCUUGGUGCUUUUUUGGUUUGUGUUUUGCAGAUUAUUCAGGAGUUAUUCCUGGCUCUGCAGGUCUCAUACAUGCAGAACACCUGCAUUACCACUAAGACACAGCUCUGGCCCUAAAGCCCUUACAUCCCCAUGUUGAAGAAAAAGGGCCCUAAAGCCCUUACAUUACUAUGUUGAAGAAGAAAUAUUGUUUCCAUACAGCCAAUAACUUCCAAUUCCCUGACUGAAAUCAAAUCAUACCAAUUUGCUAUUCAUUCCAGAUCUUUAAAAACACUAUUUUUACUGCUAAGAAUGUGACUCAGUGGUAAAGCAUAUACCUUGCAUGCCUGAGAUCUGAGGUUCAGCUGGAAAUUUUUUUUUUACUUAAAUGUGUGUACCUAUAUAACCAAUAAUGUAAGAACUUGUAGAAAAAGUGCUAUGUUACAAUUUUUUGUGUAAGUAUAUGUGUAGACAAUGUGGUAGAUUACUAUUAGAAUUUAAUAAAUGUAAAGUGAUGAAACUUGUAGAAAAAAGUGUUGCGUUGUAAUUUUUGUAUAUGUGUGUACACUGCUACAUUACUAUUAGAAUUUAAUAAAUGGAAAGUGAUGAAACUUUUA